CUCAUCGGCAGCACCGGAGUUCAAUUCGUCACCCGUCCCCCUCAAUGCCACCGUCUCCCUCCGCUCCUAGGCGCACCCUAGUGCCUCCCUGCCCCGGCACCUGGGUGGGUUCCCAGGCUCCUCCCCAGAGCUGACUUCGAGCCCCACGCCCUACAGGCCCACGGCUGCCAUGGCAACCGUACGCCGCCGCCAUCGCCUCUACACGCACGUCGCGAACUAACGGACUCCGCGGCGGCGGCGGCGGCCUAUGCCCCACCCCCACCCCACCUGGACCGCAGCAAAACGGUCGGUCGACCUGCGGCACCUAGGUCUCUGAAAGAUGAAUUUGGCUGAGAUUUGUGACAAUGCAAAGAAAGGAAGAGAAUAUGCACUUCUUGGAAAUUAUGACUCAUCAAUGGUAUAUUACCAGGGGGUGAUACAGCAGAUUCAGAGACAUUGCCAGUCAGUCAGAGACCCAGCUGUCAAAGGCAAAUGGCAGCAGGUUCGGCAGGAAUUAUUGGAAGAAUAUGAACAAGUUAAAAGUAUUGUCAGCACUUUGGAAAGUUUUAAAAUCGACAAGCCCCCAGAUUUCCCUGUGUCCUGUCAAGAUGAACCAUUUAGAGAUCCUGCUGUUUGGCCGCCCCCUGUGCCUGCAGAACACAGAGCUCCACCUCAGAUAAGGCGUCCCAAUCGAGAAGUAAGACCUCUGAGGAAAGAAAUGCCAGGAGGAGGAGCCCGGGGACCUGUAGGCCGAGCACAUCCUAUAUCAAAGAGUGAAAAACCCUCUACAAGUAGGGACAAGGAUUGUAGAGCAAGAGGGAGAGAUGACAAGGGGAGGAAAAAUAUGCAAGACGGUGCAAGUGAUGGUGAAAUUCCAAGAUUUGAUGGUGCUGCAUAUGAUAAGGAUCUGGUGGAAGCCCUUGAGAGAGACAUUGUCUCUAGGAAUCCUAGCAUUCAUUGGGAUGACAUAGCAGAUCUGGAAGAAGCUAAGAAGUUGCUAAGGGAAGCUGUUGUUCUUCCCAUGUGGAUGCCUGACUUUUUCAAAGGGAUUAGAAGGCCAUGGAAGGGCGUGCUGAUGGCCGGGCCCCCAGGCACUGGUAAGACCAUGCUGGCUAAAGCUGUCGCCACUGAGUGUGGCACAACAUUCUUCAACGUCUCGUCUUCCACGCUGACGUCGAAAUACAGAGGGGAAUCUGAGAAGUUAGUUCGUCUGUUGUUUGAAAUGGCUAGGUUUUAUGCCCCCACCACCAUCUUCAUUGAUGAGAUAGAUUCUAUCUGCAGUCGAAGAGGAACCUCUGAUGAGCAUGAGGCAAGUCGCAGGGUCAAGUCUGAGCUACUCAUUCAGAUGGAUGGAGUUGGAGGAGCUUUAGAGAAUGACGAUCCUUCCAAAAUGGUUAUGGUAUUGGCUGCUACUAAUUUCCCAUGGGACAUUGAUGAAGCAUUGCGAAGGAGAUUAGAAAAAAGGAUAUAUAUACCUCUCCCAACAGCAAAAGGAAGAACUGAGCUUCUGAAAAUCAAUCUUCGGGAGGUUGAAUUGGAUCCUGAUAUUCAACUGGAAGAUAUAGCAGAGAAGAUUGAGGGCUAUUCUGGUGCUGAUAUAACUAAUGUUUGCAGGGAUGCGUCUUUAAUGGCAAUGAGACGACGAAUCAAUGGCCUAAGUCCAGAAGAGAUCCGUGCACUUUCUAAAGAGGAACUUCAGAUGCCUGUUACCAAAGGAGACUUUGAAUUGGCUCUUAAGAAAAUUGCUAAGUCUGUGUCUGCUGCAGACUUGGAGAAAUACGAAAAGUGGAUGGUUGAAUUUGGAUCUGCUUGAAUUUCUGUCAGCUCUUUCAUUUCUGGUAUUUUUGUUUAUAAAAUGUGAAGAAAUUCCAGCAAUUUUUUAAAAAAACAGGUUUGGAACUUUACAUUGGAGAGAUUUUCUCUUAAAGAAAAAAUUUAAAACACAAAAGAACAUACAUAUACUUGAGAAGUAAGAAAAGCUUACAUAGAGAGCCUGAUAUCCACAUAUCCAUGCAUUAUAGUUGCACACCCUAACCAGAGUGUUGGGGGCUGAAGAAAGCAACCAGUGUGCUAUCGUAGAAACUUGUUUACAGAAAAUGUAGAGGGAGCUCUGUUUCUCACUAGUGUUCAUUGUUUUUUAGUUUUUUCUAUUCUUUGCUCUGAACUUGAGGGACCUAUAUCUGUUGGCUUUUAACAUCAAAACUGGGUUUGUGUCAGAUCUAUUAUUUGUUGUUAAGAAUUAUGGUUUUGGAUUAAAUAAUGAAUCUGCUAGUUAAACCUUUAGAAUUCACCUACUACUGUUAGAGUCUAUUAUAUAGUUUGAAUUUUCCCUUCCCUUCCCUCACCAUUCCCUCUACUAGCUAUUUAAUCACUUAUUGAGCUUUAUGGGGGAAUAGCCUCAUGCUUUGUGGUUUUUGAAUCCUUUUGCCAAGUGGCUUCUCUGGUUUUCAGUAUUUGUUUUGAUGGCCGUAUUUUACAUUGGAAGGGUGGAAAGAACAUCAUGCUUGCAUAAGAUGCUCUUUUUCAUUCUAGACCUCUGAGUUUGUUUUCACUUUUCUUUCAAUAUGUUCAACAGAUAAACCCUUGAUUUUUCUCAGCUCAAACAUUGUUUUUUGCUGAAUUUGCCUUUCAUAUUCUAAAUAAAUGCUUUGGUAUUCUAAACAAGUCCACUCUCUUGUGGCUAAUGCAAAACAAACAAAGCAAAAUCUUUAUGACUUUCGAGACAGCUUGUUUAUUAACAAAAUAACAUCGUGCAUAAUGAACAACGAACAUUUAAGAAUCAUUCCUUGUCUAGGUUGAGUGCUUGUACGCACGCUAAGAUUAGGUUAGAAAUAUGAUAUGCCCAUUCUUUUCAGCAGGAAUUAGACCGUUAGAAGGAGGCCAGAAAAGGAGAGGCCAUGUAUCUGUCACAAGUAGAGUAGCCUAGUGUUAAUUUUAAAAAAUUACAUUUAUCCUGUUUUGAUUGGGCAACCUCUGCUUUAAUAGUCAAGCUUAAAAAAAUUUGUAUUUGAUGAUAUCCUGAAUUUUCAAUUUUGGACAGCAACUACUAGUUUAAAACCAGAAAUAACAUAUAGCUUUUUUGACAGUUAAACUCUUAGCAGCUUCCUUAAGAGAUUUCUUCCCCCUACUUAGAACCAUAUACCACAGUAUUCAUCUAAUGCUUUAAAUUACCCCCCUUUCCUCUGAGGCAUAGAUUUAUAAGAGUUAAAAUCAUGAGAUAUCAUGAUUUUAUUUUAAUUGAUUUAGUUCAUCUUAGAAGUUGAAAUGAGAGAACUUUCCUUUUAUUCAUGAACUUUUAAAAUAAAGAAAUAAAUAAUCCCACUAAGAUAAUCUUGCAGACUAUUGCCAUCCAGUAAGUUAUUUUUUUCCCGAAGUCCUAGGGGCAGUCGUUAAAACCUUAGUGUUUUGAUUGCCAAAACUUGUUUGCAUAGUUUAGUCAGCCCAUUUUGCUAGAUUUCAUGUAUUUGUCUUGGCUUACAUUUCAAUUUUUUUCUGAAUUCUUCAUGCAUAAUAACGUGGUAAUUGUGAUUUUUUAAAAACUAUCAGUUGAGCAGUAUUUGGAGACUCAAGCCUCCUAGGAGCUUAUCUUUACUGUGUUAAGUCAGUCCGGUGUGUUUUUUAUUUCCAUUGUUUCUCACUUUGCUCUGUCAGUGGAUGGUGAAUGCUUUGUGUGUAUUAACCCCUUAAAGGAUCCUGAGGAGAUCCCUGGGGCGUUCUGUCCGACCUUUCCUGCACAUGGUAUGUGCAUUGUCUUUAUUGCAAGGCUGUGUUGCCUUACCCAGAAUGAGAGCAUUUUUGUGUUUUAUUUUCUUUUUUCUGUUGUAUUAUCAAAUUAGAAAGAUUUGGUUCCUUUCAUUCCUCUGAAAACCUGAGUGUUUGGGGUUCUUCAACACAGUGAUGUCGGGACUAAGUUUUCUACACUUCUGUCUCGCAGUUAUCUGAUCAGAUAAUCCUCCAUCUUAGUAGGCUCAUGUUGGUUGCCUGCUGUGUGCCUGUCCCUUGGGUGGGCGCUCUGUGGCCACAGAGUUGGACCAGGCAGUGCAGUACCGACUGGGCACUUCCUGUAAUUACACCGUGUAGCUUCUGGCUCCCACGAAUGAAACGAUUUCAGUUUAUAAAUGGAAGGCACAGUAACCUGCGAGUUGCUUUGGAAAGAUAACAUAUAAACGUUUUUCUCUCUUUAAACUUGCUUUAAAAUUAGAAGUGGUAUCCAUUUGCUUGAACAACAGGACUACUAUAGAUCUUGGCUAUUUUCAUGAACAAUUUUUGUCAUUUCCCAAGCUACAUGUUUAUUGUAAACACCUACACAUGCAAUUAUGGCAAACAUGUAAACGUGUUACAUGUUUACUGCAAACAUUUUGCUUGCACAAUUCCUUUACUUUUAAAAGGAAAUGAAUAUUAAUUGAAUGUGCCAGACAAACGGCUCUCUAAUGGAGGCCGAAACCUUCUAGUAAUCCAUGUAGAAAAUAGACGAUGGCGUCACAGACUUUAUCUUCAGUCAGCAGCAGUGUGGGCAUUCCAGAACGACCAGACACACUUUGGGCUUGGACCUCUACCUCCCAAAAUGCCAAGACAGCUUGGAAGAGGUAACAUGUUGUGGUCUAGCUGCCUAACUGGGGGUUUCGUUUGGGCUCCAGAGACUGCAGUUUUUAUGAUGUGAUAUUUGACUGUCCAAACAUAGGCUGAAAUCACUAAUUACUCAAAAAGUGAGCAAGCAAGUGUCUGGUGAAUCUGCCGUAAAAAAACAUACAUGUACAUCAGGAAAAAUGUGUGUACACAGCCCAGAUUUUCAGUAUAAGUGUCACUCUUUCACUUUGCUACAUGCAGCCUGACUCUUCUGAACAGAAAGUGUUGGUACUGUAGGUUUCGAACACCUUGAGUUUGUUUGAAUCCCCUCCUUGGAAGUUUCUGUCUACACUGCCAUAUCCAUGAUGAGAAUCACAGACCAGCUGACGCGGUUCUGUCUCACUUUCCUUACCCUAGCAACCUUGAGACAAAGUGAAGGAUGAGGCAGGUGUUGCUUGGCAUGUGGGCUUUGGCUCCUUCUGUGUUGUCUUGAUUAUUGAAUCUUUUGGCAUAAUAGUAGAUUCCCACUCCUCCUUUUCUCUUGUGAAUGAUAAGUCACCUCAGGGUGUUUCCUGUGUGAUAGGCAUAAAACGUUAAGGAUAAUUGUUGGCCUUUUCCAAGAAAGGGCCACUUUAACCAUAUUUAGAAACAAUAGUAAUCCUUCUUUUAACAUUUGUUUUGUAUCUUCUGUUCCAUAAUGGUUUUGAUUGUGUAGUAGUUUGUACAUACCACUUAAUUUGUGAUGUACAUAAUUUUUUUUUUUUUUUUUUUUUGCGGUACGCGGGCCUCUCACUGCUGUGGCCUCUCCCGUUGCGGAGCACAGGCUCCGGACGCACAGGCUCAGCGGCCAUGGCUCACGGGCCCAGCCGCUCCGCGGCGUGUGAGAUCUUCCCGGACCGGGGCACGAACCCGUGUCCCCUGCAUAGGCAGGCGGACUCUCAACCACUGCGCCACCAGGGAAGCCCAAUGUACAUAAUAUUUAUGUGAAUCUAAGAAUCUGUCACAAUAGAAAAGGGUAGGAAUUAUAGUUGGAGAGCGUGUAGGGGAAUACAAAUAUUUAAACCCCAAAUGUUUUAUUCUUAUCUCCGCUAAUUUUUUUUUUUUGCAGAAAAAGCUAAAAACUGUAAUAAUUACUGUGUUUACUUAUUUAUACCUUUAAGUUAGGCUUUUCGUACUUAUUUAUUUGAUUUUUUAGGAUGUUUGCUUUUAAUAUUGUAUUCUCUUGUGAAAACUAUAUGAAUAUUUAAAAAUAAAGUCCCUAAGAUAACACAUAUGUUUUUAAACAUUCACAAAUUAACAAUAAUUCUUUGAAUUUUUAUUAGGUUUUUUGGCUCCGGACAACUCUUUAACUUUAGGAAUAUUUCUCAAUUUCCAGAUGACUUGUUAAUAAAAACAGGAAAAAUAUUAAGGUAACGUCAUCAAAUUUAUUCUUUUUAUUUUACCUUUCUCCUUUGUUGAUUGAUUUUAUUUUAUAUGUAUAGAAAUAACCUAGUUCUGCUUUGUCACCAGCAGUGUGUAGGUUUCUGUACAUAUGGAAAUUUGGUAGGGAAUUAAUGUGGAGGUUUUCCUCCUAUGAAAGGACUCCCAUUUUAUUUUAUGUUCAAAAUCAUAAAAUGCACUUUUGUUUUACAACCUCUGAAAUGACUAAAUAUUGCCCUUUGGAAAACCUGAGUCUUUGCACGUGUUAUUUCCAGAGUCUACCUCAGUCAAACAGGCUUAGUUUUAGGUGCGAAUGAAUUGAAACCAUAUUGAAAUUCAGUUCGUCAUCUCUACUAUACCUAUAUGUUCGUCUAAGCGCUUCCUUCUCUCUCCUCUCUCACUCACUUUUUUUUAACACUGAAAUUUCACUUGAAAAUAUUUGUUGUUCUUCCUCUGGGAAAGCCGUAUAUUCCAAGUGAAGCCUCUACAGAAUAUCUGGGUGAGUCUUCCCCUCCUUGUUGGGACAGCUUCAUCACUCGAUGUUCCUCUUGUCAGGGAGUGGUUUCAAACACAACACACCUCCCGUUCUCUCAUAGCUUCAUAAAUACAAACUCAUGUGACAGCAUUAAAAGUCUCGGGACCUAACUGUUCCUGUACAAGGACCUAAGUACUUCAUGGAAACACACCGAGGUGGACACGUGACAUGUCUGUUCACACGGCAGCAGGGCAGUGGGCGUCGCCUUCGGUUAACAUUGUGCGGACACAGUGUCCAGCGAGAUCGCUAUGUGCUGUAAGUGUUUUGUUAAGAUUUUUGUUUCAGUGUCUGUCUCCCAGUAUUUUGAACCUAAUUUAAAGAAAAAGACGUUUCCAAAUUGUAUGUAUUAAAUGUGCUUUUCCUUACAUUUUGUGCGGCUACAUCACUAGCUUCAUGAGCUUAGCUGUGUCUGUGCAUAGGUUGUAGUUUGGUAAUAAAUUUCUAGAGUGUG